AUGGCGUUUAAACGGUGUCCCGUGCGUCCUAUCACUGGCUUAUCUUACUGUGAACUGUCCCCAGUGGGUUCUGCAACCCCCGCCUAUCGAAGGGUCCUGGAGCCACUGGACCAAGGGUCGCUGCGGGAGAUACGACCACACAAAAAAUAUUAUUUAAAAAAAAAAACACAAUGCAUACAUUCUCUCUACGCGCUGGACUACGCCCGUUAUACGGCAAGACAUCGUCUUUACGGGCUAUCUCAAUUCAACGAGCCUCAAUCUCAUCAAGCACACCGCGACAAGCCAAGAACCAAAUAUACGCCCCCUAGUAUCCGCAACAAUGACUCUUUCUCUACCUACAUUUCACUUUCGACAUCGUCCCGCACACCCCUGCUGACUUUCUGGUCCGCUUCGUGGUGCUCGACAUGCAAAGCUGUCAGUCCUCUCCUCCACGACCUCGUCGAGUCUGGCAUUGGCGAGGAGGAAGGUGGAGUAUCUCUCGCUACUGUAGAGUUUGACUCACCAGAUAUCAUGUCGGGAGACCCCAACCUGGCCAUGACUUACAUGAUUACGAGCAUCCCUACGCUUCUGAGCUUUGACGGCGGGGAAGCUCAGACAGCCACCAAGCUUUCUGAUGCCAGAAAGCUUGCUGAUCGAGAGUUCCUAAAGGAAUGGAUCAGAACCGAAGCGAGGAGACAUGGAGGCCGUGGAGGUGGUGGAGGGGGGUCAUCACUUUUUGGAGGUUUGUUCAGCAAGUCAUGA